UGUGGCACAUAAUUUAUGCUAUCACUUUCAUUUCAGAAUUUCGUUAUGCCUGGGCAACAAAUUUCAAAAGUUGAUCGAAGAAAAAUCGACUCAAAGUUCCUCUGUUCGAAAUGUGAGCUGUUGCUGAAUGAACCGAUGCAAACCCAAUGUGGACAUUUGAUGUGUAAAAGCUGUCUCCAAGCUGUUUUGAGGUAAUUUGGGAUGAAUGUAAACACAACAUUUCAGACCGGUCUCGUCCCCAUAACAUUGGAACGACGCAUGCUAACAAAAGCCAUCUCUAAAAAAAGAAAAUUGCCUGACAAGGGAAAUAAAUCGUACCGUUCUCAUGUAAACAUGUUGACAAUAUCAAUUUUCAUUUCGAUUUGACUUCGUCCCGGCCGUCUCAUCAUGAUCAUGUAAACGGGGCCUAUAAAACACGCCUUGCUAGGUAAUAUAUAAACGUAUAUGAACUAGCUCUCACUGACUAUGUCCACAAGGCACCUGGACGAGUCCAGAACUGUAUAAUAUGCGUAAAUUCGUCCGCCCAUAUUAUUAACUCACACGGCAAUUGCACGGUUAAGCCCGGCGCACACUGGAGAUGUCAGCUGAGCGUCCCAGUCUCAUGUAAACAUCUAUUAUAAAUAAUAUACUAUGACCGAAACGAAAUGCUCCCGGUUUGACUUAUAGUCCCGGUCUCAUGUAAACUUACUCGGCGACUGCGAGAUGAAGACUAUACUUUAAAGAUCUCAAGUUAUGUUGAGCUUUUCCAUGUAUGAAAUAAACCGUGCAUGUACAAGGAGUGAAUUGAUUCACUUGCAGGACUUCAAACUUGUGAUCUAUAUACAAAACUAAACAGACUAUAAUUUGAUUUACCUGUAGCAUUUACACGUGUCCACACAAUCAAGCUGUGGUCUAUUUUAGACAAAAUAGACAAAUUUUUAUAUUUCAGCCAUGCCAAUCCAGUGUGUCCAAAAGAUGGAGCCUCGCUUAAUGAGAAGGAAGUAAGUUAACUAUUUUCCGUCUCAAGAUUUCCCCUUCAAAGUGAUAUUGAUCGGAGUAAAACUUGUAUAGCAUCUAAAUGACCACCUUAAAAAUUUAGUUAGACUAAUAUAGUCAAUGAUACAUGUAAACAUUUGACGAUAUUCAUAUCAAAUAAUGCCUUCACACAACACUUAGCAGUGUCAUCCAGUCACGAUCCAGUGAUCAGAAUGUUCCAUUGUCUUUUCAUUGUUUUGAAAAUCCCACUGUUCUCCAUGCCAUCCUGCAAUCAGUGAGUCAGUCAUUGUUUUGACGGGACUUCCACUACCUCUACCGCAACUUUUAUUGGCUAAGUACGUAUGUGAUUGGUUAAUCGGAUAGAUUAAACGCAUCUGAUUGGUUAGUGGCUUCUGAAUGAUAGCAGUAGUAGCAGUUUAAACCUCACUAUUAUGGCCUAUUACUUUGGCACAUAAUAAAUAGCCCCCCAGAACAAAACCAUAUAAAUGAAGACACCAUAAAAAGUAAUUUUUUCCUAGAUUUUUCUCGAUGGUUACACAAAGCGAGAACUAAUGUCGUUGGAGCUACAUUGUUCAAAUAAUGAAUGUGAUUGGUUUGGGGCGGGAAAAGAUUUGCAGGUAAAUAAUUCUGCGACUGUAAAUGACUGUAUCACUUUGUAUAUUCGUGUUGUACUAAUAUUCGCUCAGUUUUAAAUCAUACUUAAUUUCGCGCGAUGUAACUGUUUAGCGCACCUCGCUAAAUGCGAUAUUUUUGCGCAGUUUUGAUUUCGCGCACCUUGUAACGGUACAAAACUAGAAAAUCACACUAACUGAUAAAUUAAGUUUUUCUGUAAGUGUUAUAACGGUCAUAUUUCUUUUUAGGCUCACAUCGACUCAUGUGAGUACACCGUGAUAAUAUGUGUUCAUACUCCAUGUAAAGCUAAAAUCAAACGUUCACUCCUGGCAGAACAUUUAAAGGAAGAAUGUUUAUAUCGAUCAGUCCAGUGUGAAAAUUGUCAAGAAACGCUGCCUUUUGCUUCUGUGGAGGUAUGUUCACACAAGUCAAGCUAUUGUGGGGAUUAGAGAUAAGAAACACUACAGUUCCUUCAACCUUUUCUAACGCCCUGUAUAUUAUCAUUUAACUUGCUGGUUUAAUAUAACGCCAGUGAUUGUACUCUGAUAAUGUCAAAUAAGAUUCCAGGUAUGUUAGCACGCUGAUCUUUACCGCUGACAUAAGCCUGCUACGGUACAGUAUAUAGGUGGAGAGGAGGGCUUGUUACUUGAUAGGUAUCUAUAUUCUGACUUGAUUUGUUUGAAAACACAUAAGUAGAGUUUGGUUGGUUCUCCUUCAACAAAAACUGACCCUUCUAUCGGAGCUACUCCUUGAUAAGACAUGCUCGUAUGCAGAGGCGCCCUAUAGUGAGCCUUAAACUUGGUCACAUCUGAGCUGUGCCAUUCGCAAUCAGCUUUCAACUGAAGUUCACAGCGCAUACAAAUUAGAAAAUAUAUUUGCUCACUUUUACAGUGAAUUAAAAUUUUCUAUUUUAUACAAUUGUCUAUGCUUAUUUUUUGUAUAGAAACAUGUAUCAGAAAGUUGUCAGUCAGCUCCCCUCACAUGUGAAUAUUGUCAAUUAACGAAUAUACCUCGAAAGGAAAUGAGAAAUCAUCAGACUGAGGAAUGUGAAGAAAUCGACGUAGAAUGUGAUUUUAAAUCAAUUGGCUGCGACUAUACUAAGGUUAGUGUGUUACUACACUGUAUUGAUUGAUUUCAGUAAGACUGACAGCACAGCCAACGUCAAAAAUGUGUGGACACUUAAAAUUAAACUACAUUGCUGACAAGACUAUUACCAGAUUACGACAUAUAUUUAGAAGAAUGAACAUUAUUUUCUCACUCUGAUAACUGGAGGUUGACCACCAUCUUUUGCACGGCGAUAAUGUUUAGUAUAAAGCCACCUGUUGUCCUACAAAUGGUGAUCAACUUUAAGUAUUAGAGCCGAGAGAAAAUAAUGGUCAUUCUUUUCAUAUAUGCAGAGAUGGAUUUACUGGAAAGGGGGAGGGGUGUACACCCUUCCUUGCCUUUGCAAAUGGGAGGGGGGGGGCUCAGAAAGGCGGAUUUAGAACGUUAACGGCAGUUAUACAAACAAAAACAAAAAUAAAAUCGAGAUAAAUGAGGUAGUAACAUGCAUGAUUGUGAAAUUGUCAAACAAGAUCACGGACUAGUGCCAUCCUGCCGUAGUUCCCUCUAAUGAUUACGCACUUGUCAUGGUCAAUAGUCGAACCCAGAACGAUGUCCCUCAACUGAAUCUCCAUUCCUGUAUAUUUCUAUUAGUCUUGAAAAUUGUAGUUUAAUUUUCCUGCUUUCCAAUCAUGUUUUGUGUUUACAAUAAGACUUCAAUCCGUUAACGAUUUCGAUGUUAUUUAUUUAGGUGAGUAAAAGAAAAGAGCUUCGCAAGCAUUACAAGGAUGCGUCUCGUUUUCACAUUCGGCUGUUGUUGAGAUUUAUUUUCGAACUGCAAGGCGGCGUGCAAAGUAUUGCUCCGAAGUUCGAGAAUUUUGCCACGAAGCAGCUGGUUUUGGAUGAAGUCAACGGAAUAAAAGAUGCAAUUUCGGCCGAAAUUAAAACCAUGGAAAGUAAAUUCUCCACAAUGAUGGGAACUGUAAAUGGUUUAAUAAGAAGAUUGGAAAACGUGGAUUUAAAUAGAGCAAGUAGUUCUAACGGUUCAGGAAGUAACGCUGAAAUCAGACAAGUUGAAAUGAGAAUGGGAAAGGAAAUAGAAAACUUACAAGCAAAAAAUACCAGGCUUGAAACACAACUGAGGGAAACAAUGGAGGCGAUGGAAAGAUACCAAAAUAAGAUGGAACAGAUUGAUCAAUCCGUUGCUGUUAUAACAGCCCGGUUUGCAGACCUAGAACCAAGAGAACCGUCUCAAACUAAAGUGAACUACAACGGUGUUCUACUUUGGAAGAUUGAAGGCUACCAGAGGAAGCGACAAGAUGCUAUUAAUGGAGUGAAGACUACCAUAUUUAGUCCAUAUUUUUACACUAGUGAGUUUGGAUAUAAGAUGUGUGCUAAACUAUAUAUGAAUGGAGAUGGAUUUGGAAAAGGAUCGCAUUUAUCUUUGUUUUUCGUUAUGAUGAAAGGCGACUACGACGCUCUUCAAACCUGGCCGUUGCAAAAGAAGAUCACGAUGAUGUUGUUGGAUCAAGGCAAUGGAGAUCACAUGAUUGAUGCGUUUCAUUCAGAUCCUCAAAGUUCCUCGUUUCAACGUCCCAAGUCUGAUAUGAAUAUCGCGUCAGGCUCCCCGCUCUUUAUGCCUCUUGGUAGCUUGAAUAACCGUCAGUACAUCAAGGAUGAUGUUAUGUUUAUUAAGAUUAUCGUGGACUGACAAUAGUGAUAUAUCAACUCGUAGUGUCCAUAUAAAUAAUAUAUACUAUAUAUUCAUUAUAUUAUAUCUAUUUAUCAUUUC